AUGUCCUCUGUUACUACAUCCAACUGGAGAUUCGUUGAAUUGGGCCGUGUUGUCUUGAUCGACAACAAGGAAUUGGCCACUAUUGUUGAAAUCAUUGACCAAAAGAGAGUUUUGAUUGAUGGUCCAAAUGUUUCAAGACAAGCUAUUGCAUUAGCUAAGGUUGUUUUGACUCCAUUAGUUUUACCAAACUUACCAAGAGGUGCUAGAUCCACCGUUGUUGCCAAGAAGUGGGCUGCUGCUGAAAUUGACGGUAAGUGGGCUAAGACCUCAUGGGCUAAGAAGUUGGCUUCAAGAUCCAAGAGAGCUCAAUUAUCUGACUUUGAAAGAUUCCAAGUUUUGGUGUUGAAGAAGCAAAGAAGAUUUGCUGUCAACAAGGCUUUGGCCAAGGCCUAA